AACGUGUGCCAAAAUUUUCCAUCAAACACAUUUCAAUAUCCAUCAACAAUGAUUAUUCAAUCUUCUAUAAUCGGUGGCAUCAUCAUAAUCCUCUUUAUCAAGCUUAUUAAAAAGAAAACUUCAAGUAGUCCGUACCAGCUACCUCCUGGUCCAACUCCUCUUCCAUUCAUUGGUUGCAUAAUCCAAAUGCUUCAAAAUAAGCCAACCUUUCGAUGGAUCCAUAAGCUCAUUGAUGACUACAACUCUCCAAUCAUAAGCAUUCGGCUCGGUCAAGCAACGCAUGUCAUCGUCGUGUCUUCCCCGAUCAUAGCACGGGAGUUUCUAAAAACACAAGAUGAAAUCUUUUCUUCAAGGCCUGAUAGCUUAUCAGGUUAUUUGAUAAGUGAUGGCUAUCGUUCAACCAUCAUGUCCCCUUUGGGAGACCAAUGGAGAAUGAUGAGGAAAAUCCUGAACCAAGAUAUCCUCUCAUUGCCAAUACACAAGUGGCUCCAACCCAAACGAGACGAAGAAGCAAACCACUUGCUUUCUUACAUGAUUAGUCAAAUAGAGAACCAAAAUUCCCCGAAUGGAGGCGGACUAAUAAACAUUCGAAUUGCAAGCCAACACUUUUGUGGAAACCUAAUCCGAAAUAUGGUUUUCGGGACAAGAUUCUUUGGGGAAGGAAUGGCUGACGGAGGGCCAGGUGGUGAAGAAACUGAACAUGUCUCAGCCCUUUUCAUAAUCCUAAAUUAUCUUAAUGCUUUUUGCAUCUCUGAUUAUUUCCCAUUGUUGAGAUGGAAGACAGAUUUUGAUGGCCAUGAAAAGAUCAUAAGGACCGCCAUUGAAAGGGUUCGAAAAUAUCAUGAUCCAUUGGUUGAUGAAAGGAUUAAAUUGUGGAAUGACGGGGCUCGAAAGCAAGAAGAGGAUGUACUUGAUAUCCUAAUCAAACAUAAAGAACCAAAGCUCUCACCAGAGGAGAUUAAAGCCCAAAUUAUUGAACUAAUGAUUGCAACAAUCGAUAAUCCCUCAAAUGCAGUAGAAUGGGUGAUGGCAGAGAUGAUUAGUGAACCUACCAUUCUAAAACGAGCUGUUGAGGAGUUAGACAAGGUGGUCGGUUGUAACCGCCUUGUUAAGGAGUCAGACUUACCCCAACUAAACUAUAUAAAAGCAUGCAUCAAGGAGUCUUUUAGGUUGCACCCUUUUGCACCUUUCAAUGUUCCCCAUGUUUCAGUAAAGGAUACUGUUGUCGCUGGUUACUUUAUACCCAAAGGUAGUCAUGUGUUGCUUAGUAGACUCGGUUUGGGAAGGAAUCCUAAUGUGUGGAAAGAUCCGAUGCGGUUUGAUCCGGACAGACAUCUAGGUGAGGAAGGAAAACAAGUGGUUCUUACUGAUAAUGAACUAAGGAUGCUUUCGUUUAGCACUGGAAAACGUGGUUGUCCAGGAGUGAUUUUGGGUUCAACCAUUACUAUAAUGUUAUUAGCCCGAAUGAUUCAAGGGUUUGCUUGGGAGAAGCCGUAUAAUGAGUCAGAAAUUAAACUUGUUGAAAAUCAUCAUGAUCUUCACAUGGCUAAGUCACUUGUAGCCCUUGCUAAGCCACGACUACCUUGGUAUCUUUACCCAAAAAUCUAA